UGAGAGCGGUGAUCGAGAUGCAGCCCCCCACGAAGGUGAAGGAGGUGCAGAUUCUAACUGGUCGAAUAGCAGGCCUGAGUCGCUUUAUUUCUAAGGUAGCUGAGAAGAGCGGGCCCCUAUUUAAGACACUCAGGAGGAGCUCGAAAUUCCAGUGGACAGAAGAAGCCCAGGAAGCAUUCGAGGAGCUGAAGAGGGUGUUGGUCGACCUACCGCUAUUGGCGAAACCAGCGCAAGGGGAGGACUUGGUGUUAUAUGUAUCCAUUGGUGAGACAACAGUGAGCUCUGUGUUGUUGCGAGAGGAAGGGACAGCCCAAUUUCCAAUCUAUUAUGUGAGCAAGGUGAUGCAAGGAGCAGAAAGGAGGUAUUCAGAAAUUGAAAAAGGAGCCUUGGCAGUGGUGGUCACAGUAAGGAAGCUGAGACCAUAUUUCUUAGGGCAUAAGGUGAAGGUCCGGACGAAUAUGCCGUUGGGAGAAACAUUGGGUCGACCCUCCGUAUCAGGGCGAUUAGUCAAACGGGCGGUCGAGCUGAGUGAAUACACAAUUACUUAUGAGCCAAGGAGGGCGAUUAAGGCUCAAGCGCUGGCUGACUUUAUUCAAGAAGGGACGAAGGAGAGCGGGGAAUCUGAAGGGGUGUGGCAAGUGUUUGCAGAUGGAUCGGUGUCAAGGGCUGGAGGUGGCCUAGGCAUCGUACUUAUGUCGCCGAAGGGUGACAGCUUGGAGUUUGGAGUUCCCAAGGUGUUGGUGUCGGACAACGGGACCCAGUUCAACGGUAAGCAGAUCCGAGCAUGGUGUGAGGACAUGAAAAUCGACCAACACUUCGCUUCGGUCGCACACCCGCAGGCCAAUGGGCAAGUUGAGGUAACCAACAGAAUCAUAUUGAACGGACUGAAAACAAGGUUGGAGAAGGCAUCGGGAGC